UGUGGGGAGGGGCAAAGAGCAAGGGGCCAUUCCAGAAGGCCAGGGAGCCCUUUGCCGCAGGCCCUCCUCCGGGGUGUGGCUUCAGCAGCCAAGGCCUUAGGCCUCCUGGUGUUCACAGCAGCCUUGGCUGGAACCUCAGCGCAGCCUGGCUGGCAGCAUUUUACGGAGUGGGAAUCCUGUUUGGGAGCAGGUAACCCUCAAACCCCAACAGGAGCCCCAAACUUGACCCGGCAACCCAAGCAGCAUGGUUGGAGAGCCAGGGACCCCACAGGUUGACAGGCAGGUCUCGGGGGCUGUAUGGGUGCUCUCCUGGUUUGGGGUCCCCACUCCAGUGGGCCUGCUUGGAGGCAAGCAGGGGUUGUGGAUGGGCCAGGGCAGCUAAAAGUCCUGUAGAAUUGGUGACACAGAGGCCAAGACUCAGUAGACUUUUAGGAUCAAGGGAUUGUAGAUACACUGUAGAACUCUUGCAUCCCAGAUUGGUAAUUAGAGACCUCCCCCUGCCAAAAGAAAAUGACCCAUGCCAUUAGAGUGUCCCAGAGCCACAGAACCGGGGAGGCAGGUACUGUAGCACCCUCGGGUCCCAACCGGGAGGCUCAUGGGAUUCCCCCCACAGGUCCGGAUUCUAAUUGUCCCCACUCUGGGGUUCCCUCUGUUGCCCAGGGGUCAGUGGGAACCCCAGCCAGAGAGGCGGGGAGGAGGAUGGGUCCACCUAGACCUGUGUCACCUGCUCUGUCUCUGCAGGGAUGCAGAACCUGGGCAGCCAGUUCUUCCAGCUUUUUCAGUGGAUUCCAGAAAUGAGGAUUUUAAAAAUAAAAUCUCCCGAGUUAUCAACAUUGGCAACUAAUUAAAAAUUUUUUUUAAAAACCAGUGUCCAGAUGAAACAGGAUCCCACAGCAUCUCUCGACCCAGAGCCUGUUGCCAUGGAGGGUCAAAACCACUAUGUAGUAGUUGUGAAACCUCAGUUUCCUCCUCUGUAAAGUGGGAAUAACAACAGCAUCGACUCACGAGGUUGUACAGAGAAUUCAAUGAGUUAACAUGAGAAGUGCUUAGGCCUAGCCUGUGUCAGCCCAUGACUCUGUCUUCAUCUUACCCCACGCUGCCCAUCCCUCCCCUGCCAGGCUGCCUCCGAGUGGGCUGCGCGCUUUGCCACCGGGAGCCCCCGCGUCUCCCCGUGGGCUCCAGACACACCACUCUGCCUUGGGACAGCCCUGAGGGUGUUGGAAGGCAGGGAAAUGUUCACCCCUUGGGGCCCUGGAGAGGGAGCAGAGCUGGGAGGGAGGGCCUAGCCGGCGCCUGGUACAUAGUAGGUGCUCCAUAAAUGUUUAUUGAAUGAAUGAAUGGAGGCCAUGCAGGCAGAGGCAGCCGCGCGUGCGCAGGCACUGGUGAAAGAGCGGGUCCAGUGGAGACUGGAACCAGGUGACAGAUGGGUCUCUUCCUUCCUGUCCCCGUCUCUCGCGCUCCCCCCUCAGAGCUCCGGUCUCCAGCCUCCCGUGGGAAUCGUCUGAAGUUCUGAGCCCAGAACCCCAGGGGGAAGAGGAGGAGGAGGAGGGAGAGGAAGUCAAGCCUUGAGAGCCCGGACACCCUCCCAGCAGGAGAGGAGCACCUCGGGGAAGCAGACUGUGGGGCCCGUAGCCCCCGUGGCCCUGGCCUGGCCGUGGCGCCCGACACCUGCAGGUAGCACCCCAGCAGCCCCCCGACAGUUGGCACUGGCUCUGCCUGCCUCGCUUGGGGCCCCCAAGCUGGGGGUCGCCCCCAAGAUGGUGGCGGCCCCAGGGAGGACUGUGCUGCCGGCCCCAGCCUCUGGCCGCUAGGCCACCUGCGCCCCAGCCCCCGACCCCGAGCCCGGCCUGUGAGGAGGCCGCGGCCGGAGCCAUGCUGCGCCUGGGGCUGUGCGCGGCCGCGCUGCUGUGCGUGUGCCGGCCGGGCGCCGUGCGCGCCGACUGCUGGCUCAUCGAGGGCGACAAGGGCUACGUGUGGCUGGCCAUCUGCAGCCAGAACCAGCCGCCCUACGAGACCAUCCCGCAGCACAUCAACAGCACCGUGCACGACCUGCGGCUCAACGAGAACAAGCUCAAGGCCGUGCUCUACUCCUCGCUCAACCGCUUCGGGAACCUCACCGACCUCAACCUCACCAAGAACGAGAUCUCCUACAUUGAGGACGGUGCCUUCCUGGGCCAGUCGAGCCUGCAGGUGCUGCAGCUGGGCUACAACAAGCUUAGCAACCUGACCGAGGGCAUGCUGCGCGGCAUGGGCCGCCUGCAGUUCCUCUUCGUGCAGCACAACCUCAUCGAGGUGGUGACGCCCGCCGCCUUCUCAGAGUGCCCGAGCCUCAUCAGCAUCGACCUGUCCUCCAACCGCCUCAGCCGCCUCGACGGUGCCACCUUCGCCAGCCUGGCCAGCCUCAUGGUGUGCGAGCUGGCUGGCAACCCCUUCAACUGCGAGUGCGACCUCUUCGGCUUCCUGGCCUGGCUCGUGGUCUUCAACAAUGUCACCAAGAACUACGACCGCCUGCAGUGCGAGUCUCCGCGCGAGUUCGCCGGCUACCCGCUGCUGGUGCCCCGGCCCUACCACAGCCUCAACGCCAUCACCGUGCUGCAGGCCAAGUGCCGCAACGGCUCCCUGCCCGCCCGGCCCGCGAGCCACCCCACGCCCUACUCCACCGACGCCCAGAGGGAGCCUGACGAGAACUCGGGCUUCAACCCCGACGAGAUCCUUUCGGUGGAGCCACCGGCCUCGUCCACUACGGACGCCUCGGCGGGGCCGGCCAUCAAGCUGCACCACGUCACCUUCACCUCGGCCACCCUGGUGGUCAUCAUUCCGCACCCCUACAGCAAGAUGUACGUCCUGGUCCAGUACAACAACAGCUACUUCUCCGACGUCAUGACGCUCAAGAACAAGAAGGAGAUCGUGACGUUGGACAAGCUGCGGGCGCACACCGAGUACACCUUCUGUGUGACCUCGCUGCGCAACAGCCGCCGCUUCAACCACACCUGCCUGACCUUCACCACCAGGGACCCGGUCCCGGGCGACCUGGCGCCCAGCACCUCCACCACCACUCAUUACAUCAUGACCAUCCUGGGCUGCCUCUUCGGCAUGGUCAUCGUGCUGGGAGCCGUCUACUACUGCCUGCGCAAGCGGCGCAUGCAGGAGGAGAAGCAGAAGUCGGUCAAGGUCAAGAAAACCAUCCUGGAGAUGCGCUACGGGGCCGACGUGGAUGCCAGCUCCGUCGUCCACGCCACCCAGAAGCUGGGCGAGCCCCCUGUGCUGCCCGUGUCCCGAAUGUCCUCCAUCCCCUCCAUGAUCGGGGAGAAGCCCACCACCUCCAAGGGGCUGGAAGCUGGGCUGGACACGCCCAAGGUGGCCACCAAGGGCAACUACAUCGAGGUGCGCACGGGCACGGGCGGCGACGGCCUGGCCCGGCCCGAGGAUGACCUCCCGGAGCUGGAGAAUGGCCAGGGCUCGGCCGCUGAGAUCUCCACCAUCGCCAAGGAGGUGGACAAGGUCAACCAGAUCAUUAACAAUUGCAUUGAUGCCCUCAAGUUGGACUCGGCCUCUUUCCUGGGGAGUGGCAGCGGUGGCGGGGACCCUGAGAUGGCCUUCGAAUGCCAGUCCCUCCCUGCGGCCUCUACCACCUCCUCGACUGCCACCCCUGGGGGGCUGGAGCGGCCUAGCUUCCUCUCACCUCCCUACAAGGAGAGUUCCCAUCACCCGCUGCAGCGCCAGCUGAGCGCCGAUGCCGCCGUGGCCCGCAAGACCUGCAGCGUCUCCUCCAGCGGCUCCAUCAAGAGCGCCAAGGUCUUCAGCCUGGACGUGCCGGAUCACCCGGCCGCCACGGGGCUGGCCAAGGGCGACUCCAAGUACAUCGAGAAGGGCAGCCCCCUAAACAGCCCGCUGGACCGGCUCCCGCUGGUGCCGGCAAGCAGCAGCGGGAGCAGCGGCGGCGGAGGCGUCCACCACCUGGAGGUGAAGCCCGCCUACCACUGCAGCGAGCACCGGCACAGCUUCCCGGCCCUGUACUACGAGGAGGGCACCGACAGCCUGAGCCAGCGUGUGUCCUUCCUCAAGCCGCUGACCCGCACCAAGCGGGACUCCACCUACUCGCAGCUCUCCCCCAGACACUACUACUCAGGUUACUCUUCCAGCCCUGAGUACUCAUCCGAGAGCACGCACAAGAUCUGGGAGCGCUUCCGGCCCUACAAGAAGCACCACCGGGAGGAGGUGUACAUGGCCGCCGGCCACGCCCUGCGCAAGAAGGUCCAGUUCGCCAAGGACGAGGACCUGCACGACAUCCUCGAUUACUGGAAGGGGGUCUCGGCCCAGCAGAAGCUGUGACCCUCUCCUCCCUG